GUUGAAUUGAAAAGUCGUAUCGAGCGAUUGAAAGAUCUGGGCAGCGCUGUUUUUCACCGAAUUGAAAACCUAAGGAUACAGAAUCGGUGAAGGAGUUACACGGAGACAGAAUGACAGCCCCGACUCUACUGGUUUUAUACGGUAGUCAGACGGGCACCGCUCAGGACACCGCGGAGCGCAUCGGCCGACAGGCGCAGAGGAGACGGCUGACGGUCCGGGUCGAGGCUCUGGACAGUUACAAUGUGGCGAAUCUGAUCUCACAGUCUCUGGUUGUGUUUGUCUGUUCCACCACAGGACAAGGCGAUCCUCCUGACAACAUGAAGAAUUUCUGGCGGUUUUUGUUCAGAAAGUCUUUGCCUGCUGGCUCUCUGUGUCGGCUGGACUGUGCUGUUCUGGGCCUUGGAGAUUCCUCUUAUCCAAAGUUUAAUUUUGUGGCAAAGAAGCUCUAUAAGCGUCUGCUCCAGCUUGGCGCUAACGCUCUCUUACCUGUGGGCCUGGCUGACGACCAGCAUGACCUGGGGCCUGACGGCGUGAUAGAUCCAUGGCUGGUCUCGUUUUGGCAGAGGGCUCUGUCCCUCUACCCAGCCCCCGCUGGCCUGAGUCCACUCCGUGACGACCAGCCGCUUCCUCCACGAUAUGUUUUCACCUUCCUUGAUGACAUCACUGACAAGCCCCCAGAAAGACAAACCCCACCCCCAGAGAGGCAAGGCCCACCCUCUUCAGCUCACCCAUUCCUGGCCAGGAUGGUGUCCAAUCAGAGAGUGACGGACCCCUCCCACUUCCAGGAUGUGCGGCACAUUGAGUUUGACAUCACAGGCUCAAACAUCGAGUUUAGUGCAGGUGACGUGGUGAUGAUGCGUCCCCGGAAUUCACAGGAGGACGUGGAGCAGUUCUGUCAGCUCCUCAGACUGGACCCUGAUCGGCACUUUACACUCACACCCACUGACAGCAGCGUGGUCUCUGUGCCGUCGCUCCUGCCCCAGCCCUGCACCAUCAGGUGUCUGGUGGAGAGUUUCCUCGACAUCGCCGCUGUGCCACGACGCUCCUUUUUCGAGCUGCUGGCCACGUUUGCCACCAACGAGCUGGAGCGCGAGAAGCUGUCGGAGUUCUGCUCCGCCCAGGGUCAGGACGACCUGUUUGCUUACUGUAACCGCCCUCGCCGGACUGCCCUCGAGGUCCUGGCAGAUUUUCCUCACACCACAGCUGAGCUGAGUGUGGACCACCUGCUGGACCUGUUCCCCGAAAUCCAGCCUCGCUCCUUCUCCAUCGCCUCCUCCCUCCUGGCUCACCCGAAUCAGAUCCACAUCCUGCUGGCUGUGGUGGAGUAUAAAACUCGACUGUAUAAACCACGCAAGGGUCUGUGUUCCUCCUGGCUGGCAGGUUUGGCCCCCACACAAGGGGAGGUGUAUGUGCCCCUGUGGGUGAAGAAGGGAGGACUGAAGUUUCCCAAGGACCCUGACACCCCUGUGAUAAUGGUAGGGCCGGGUACAGGGGUGGCCCCAUUCAGAGCUGCCAUACAGGAGCGGAUCUCCCAGGGCAAGACAGCAAACAUCCUGUUUUUUGGGUGUCGCUCCGAGUCAAAGGAUUUCUACUGCCGUGCAGAGUGGGAGGAGAAAGUGCGGGCUGGUCAGCUGACCCUGUUCACGGCCUUCUCCAGAGACCAGGAGGAUAAAGUCUACGUUCAGCAUCGUGUGAGGGAACAUGGAAAGCUCCUGUGGGACCUGAUAGCCAAUAAAAACGCUUUCUUCUACAUCGCAGGGAACGCCAAACAGAUGCCAACCGGAGUGUGUGACGCACUGAAGGACGUGUUCCGCGUGGAGGGAAGCAUGUCGGAGAACGAGGCCCAGGAAAUGCUCGAUGCCAUGGAGAAAGCCGGUCGCUUCCAGAGCGAGACGUGGGCCUGAUUCUCAUUCUGUGUGAGAGUGACACGGCCAGGGUGCCUGGGCUGGAGGAAAGCCCGCCUUGAUCAUGUGCACUUUUAAAACGGUGCCAGUGAAGUGUCUUCUGCAGUCUCACGGUUACUCACCUUACAGGAGUAGGGGCUGUCCAUUAUCCUAUGAGCAUGAAUUUACCCAGUGCAUGAAGGGACUCAAAGACUUCUAGUGUUUUGUGAUAGACAGACCACUGAUGUCAAACUUAAACCAGUAAAGUGACCAAACCCAGCCAGGCUAACAGUGAGAGAUACUGGUCUCAGACCAGGCCAAGCAGGACAAGUCAUCUGGUGCCUGGCAGAGGACCAUGCGAUGCAGUGCAAACCAGAGAGAUCC